AUGAAGUCGCUCCCCGCCCUGCUUCUCGGAUGCCUGACUCUGUCUUUGGCCAAUCCGAUUGUGGUCACUUAUCCUAAAGACACCCCUCCAUCUGUCCUAGAGGAUGCAAUGAAGUCCGUCAUCAGUGCUGGUGGACAUAUCACUCAUAAGUUCGAGAUAAUCAACGGCUUCUCUGCAGACGCUCCCGAAUCGGCGGUUCAGAAAAUCUCAGUCCAAUCUGCGAAGUACAACCCGACAAUUGAGAAGGACCUCACAGUGUCUAUCCAGUAG